ACAACCUGCCAACUGUAACGCAACUGCCUGGCCCGCCCGCUGCAAUUUGAGCAAAGCCCCCGCGACGCGUGGAGGGCAGGAGAGACUAAGUCCCCCCCCCCAAAAAAAAUAAAAAAGUAAAAAUUGCAUUUUGUUUUAUUUUUAAAUCAGAGCUCAUUGCAUGCUGCAAGAUCAUCGAUGGAAGCGUCUUUCGUGGAAGAAGUGGCUGCGUCUUUAGUGAGAGAGUUCCUGAGCAAAAAGGGCUUGAAAAAGACAGGCAUCAUGAUGGACGAAGAAUUUCCCCGUACGGCACUUAGCAUCAACAACAGAAACGAACUCCGAAAUGUUCUGCAUCUCCAGUCUUUAUACAAACAAAACAAGGCAAAAGAGACUCCUUUCAAAACCAUUCUGGAGAUCAUGGCGAGCUAUUUUCUGGAGCUCCAGAUUAACCAAAGCUUCCUGGGAAAUUCCUCAUUUCUGGAAAACAAAGCUUCUCACGCAAGAAGUACAGAGAGUUUUCCUCCUAAGAAUUUUCUCUCUGGAGAAGCCACUGCAGGGCAAACAGCAGCUGAAAAAAUUAAAAAAGGGACUCCCAGCUAUGAGACCAACGAGGGAAUAAGCUGCCUGUCCAGAAGGCAUUGUCCCAAGCCAAGUGAGAAGGGCAAGGCGAGAGCCACAUCAGAUGGUCAGGCACAGGCUGAAGGAGAGAAGAAACUCUGUGAUCCUCUGGAUGUAUCGCAGAUUCCUGGAGAACUGCCCACAGAGACCAGAAUGGCAUUGAGGGAGAAACUGCGAGGCCAGCCCAAUGUUCUUCCACCUCAAGGAAGGAUAGCUGCUUCCACAGAUGAAUCUCAAGAGGAUUCCUUAAAGAGAAGGAAGCGGCUAUCUGGAAUUUGCAGCCCGUCCAAAUUCGGCCAGGAAGCCACUUUUAAAAGUUCUACAAACCUCCCGGGUCACUCCUGCGAGAGAACCAUAAUCCCCAGACCAUUGGAUGAACUCCUGUCUGCCCGCAGCGCUUGUCAGAAUAGUUCGCUUGACUCUCCUUCGACUCGGUGCGCAAAGAAGGAUGACUCAACAAUCCAAAAUGUGGACAGUUCUGGAGAAGAGCCCUUGACCAAGCCGGGACUGGAUAGGCCAGCUGAAGCAAAUAAAAUUUUGCCUGGGUAUGAUGCUUACGAGAAAAGGCGCCCCUUGGACGUUUUUCGGAAGGAGAUGGGAAACCGGAGUGGCGUGAAAUCCUUGCAGAAAAACGAGGCUCCGUUUACAGAUCUCAGAAGAUCUCCCACAUCUGUGUCCAGAAAAGAUUAUUUGCCCAGAGACGUUUUGGAAUUAGUUGAUGUUGAGGAUGAAGAAAGCUGGGAGAAUGUUGGGAAGGAUCCUGAACCUUUGGCUCUAUAUACCUGUCAAGUGACAACCAAGCCCAUUGAUUUCAUUCUUGCAAAGGACCUAAAAACUCUGCUUUUCGGCUCCAGUCUUGGAUGCUUCCAUGAAGAAUGGAAAAUCCAGAGUUUUACAUUCAGCGAAAACCCGCAGUUGAAAUACGGCAUUGUGCAAAAAAAGGGUGGGCCGUGCGGGGUCCUGGCAGCCGUUCAAGCCCACGUCCUCCAACAUCUUAUCUUUGGGGACAGUAGCCGGAACAACACGGUUAGAUGCCUUCGGCCAUCGGACGCUGAAAGGAUCCAGUGUCUCAUUUUAGCUCUUGCCAGUAUUUUAUGGCGUGCAGGUGGCAAUGACAAAGUGGUGGUGACUUUGUCUACAGGAAUACAGCAGUUCACGCCUGCGGGAAAAUAUAAGCCAGACGGGAUCUUAGAAAUGCUUCUGUUGCACUUCAUCACAAAAUACGAAGAUCUGCUGAAGUUCCUACAACAGAAUAUCCAUCAGUUUGAGGCUGGUCCACAUGGCUGCAUUCUUCUGACUUUAUCAGUGAUAUUGUCAAGAUCCAUCAAUCGAGUUCGUGGAGAUAUGGAUGUCAUCACAAACCCACUGAUCGGUGCACACGGAUACUGCACCCAGGAACUGGUCAACCUGCUACUGACCGGCAAGGCCGUAUCCAACGUCUUCAACGAUAUGAUGGAGCUGGACUCGGGAAACGGCAACAUCACCAUCCUGAAAGGCGUCACUGGCCGUAGCGACCUGGGCUUGUUGUCCCUCUUUGAGCAUUACGAUGUCUGUCAGGUAUGGAGAAGACUUGUGAAAAAACUGGGGCUGACAUCCCUUUGUCUGAAAUCACGUGAAGUGUUAAUAUCACUCUACAAGGCCUUGGUAAGGCCACACUUGGAAUA